AUGGAGCUUUCUCGCUGGUUCCGCUCAGCGCGCUUGAAGACGCUUGGCCUCAACACCUUGUGGAGCGGAUUCUAUGCUGGCUUUCGCGCCCCCUUCUGUGCCUACCUCAUGGAGAAAGACACCCCUUACCCAGCAGAGUUGCUUCAAGGGUUUGAAGGAGCCAUGGACGAGCCGUUCCACCUCCUCUACGAGGAAGUUUUGCGCACAAUCCCAGAUGCAAAGUUUGUGUACACUCUUGCGGAUCCCAACACUUGGUAUGACAGCUACAGCAGAUUCUACGAUCACCUCCCUCAUGAGUAUUACGGUCCUGUGGACUGCCACGCUCCCCCGGCUGUCCAUGUCAAAGAGCCCAUGAAUCGCAUGGUGGCAUUGCAAGCAAAGGCCGGGCAGGAUCCGCCGAGGAAUCCCAAUGACGUCGACAACCGGGGUUUGGGGCAGAGUAUUGGGAAUGUCUUCCGUACCAUUCCCAAAGAGCGCCUCCUCGUCUUCAACCUCUCGGAUUGCUGGACACCUUUGUGCGACUUCUUGGGCAAGCCCGUUCCAGACGAAGCAUUUCCACAUGUGGACCGUUUCGAGUUGUCCCAACGGUGGCACCCACCACGGGGGUGCCCCUCGUGCAGCGUCACGCUGAGUGCAUACGCCGCAAAGACGAGCUCUGAUGUGGAAAGCCUCAGUGAUUACACCACAACUACAGCGAGCAAGGCCCAGUGGCUGUGGAUGACGCGCAAGGUCUGGCUAGAGAGCGGUCUGGACUUCAGGGCAGAAGCAGCAGCAAAGAGUUACUUCCACGAGCAAUUGCUCAGCACACUCAUAGCCAAAGCGAUGACAUCGGCCCACGUCCGUACCUGGCAGAAGCCGAAUGGGGUCGAGUUGACGGUCUUUGAAGCCACCCGCCUGGUCGCAAACUGCACGGACUGGCAAGUGGUAAUGGGCGCUUUGCAAAGGCUUCGUCUUCAUUCCGUGGCCCUGGACGUCGUUUGCCUCACUGCAGCUUGCAAGGCGCUGCAGCAAGCCUUGCAAUGGCAGCGCGCACUCAGCUUGUUCCAUGGAGCUGCUGCCCUGGCCCUGGCAGCCAACGAGCGGACUUACGGUGUGGCGCUGGCGGCCUGCGCCGGUUCUGAAAGGGGCUGGAAGGAUGCGGUGCAUCUGUUUGGGUGCAUGCCAAGUGUGCGCCUGGAGCAGAAUUCCUUCCUGCAGUCCGCAGCUGUCACUGCAUUGGAUGCCGCGCUGCAUGGAUGGUCGGCUGCGCUGUCCUUGAUGGUGCAAUUGGCAGGCCGCGGCACCCCAAGCAACAUUGUGGCAAGCAAUGCGGUGUUCAGCACCUGUGCACAGCAUUGGCCUGUGACGCUAUCGCUGCUGCGCUGGGUGCGGGGACGAAGUCUCCAAGCAGAUGCAUUUACUUCGAACUCAGUCCUGGCAGCCUUGGGCGGGAGUAGCCAGUGGCAUCGCAGCCUCUCUGCAGUCGGCGGGAUGUCACGAAAGAGCCUUCCAUUUCAGCAGGUGACCUUCAACUCGGCCAUUGCCUCCUGCCGCGCCGGCCACUGGGCGACGGCCCUCUGGCUGCUGGGCUCGAGCAUCAAGGCCAGCGUUGUCACCUACAGCGCAUGCGUCAGCGCGUGCGAGAAGAGCUACAAGUGGCAGCUUCCGUGUUCUCUCCUCUUCUCCUUGUGCCAACACGGCUUGGUUCCGAAUGCCGUUGCCGAGGGCACUGUGCUGCAGGCUCUGACCUGGGCAGCACAGUGGCGGCGAACUCUUGCAGCUCUGCAGGCGGCCACCCCAAGCGCCCCGGCGUUUAACGCGGUACUUCGGUCGCUCGGCGCUGCCUGGGAACGUGGGCUGGCGCAGCUUGAGCAGAUGAUACUGCACCGCCAACAACCGGACGUUUGCAGUACCAACCAGCUCCUGGCCUCCUGCCAGUCAGCUGGGGCCUGGCACGGCGCGCUGGCCAUCUUAGAGGCCGAGGCUGCCACGGCCUCUACACGAGAUUCCUUCCUGGAGGCCAGGCACUCGGCGCAAAUAUUCCAACUUGGGGGAGUCGUCCACCCGCCUGGUGAUGCAACAGGGCCUCGGCCGAGAUCGCGAGCAAUCGCGGAGGUCUCGCGGCGAAGCCUUGCCGAGCUGGUGGCAGAUCUCUGGUCCAUGGCCGUCCUGGCUUCCGAUGACCUGCCGCUGCGGCAAAGCAUUCGGGAGGAGAUCCGGAGAAGGAUCAUUCGAGGCCAAGUGGGAUUGUUAGAAACACCCAGCCUCGGCAAUCUGGCCUGGGCCUUGGCGACCACGGCUGAAGACAUCCAGUUGCAAGAGCCGUUAUCGAAACUUCGCGAAGAGCUGCUGGUGCGUGCGAGGGUGCUGCCAGGUCAGUGCCCCCGCCGCGUGCUUGGCGACCUCGCCGAAGCUUUGCUCACUGCCUCCUGGGCUGGUCGGCUACUGGAGCUUCCGGUCAGCGAAGGCGAAGUCUCGGAGGUUUUGGCCAGUCUGGGUGGCGACCUGGAUGGCCGCCGCCUCUUGCAUUUUCUGCCGAGCCUCCCAACGAUGGCCAGAGAAGGGCAGGAAGUUCCAUCUUCCUUCCCACGGGUUCGCUUGAGCUUCCACGGCGGCCUGGUCUUGCUGAAGCCCAGCGGCUGGCAGAUUUACGACAAGGUGGCGCAGGAGGAGGGCCCUCGCAGCCGGGGGAACGUCACCGCCUUUUUGGGCGCCUGGUGGCCUCGUCAGCCGACUCUCCUAAGAGAUUUCUCCUGCAACUGCGGCUUCCUUCAUCGCUUGGACGUCCCGAGCUCCGGCCUCAUCCUUGCAGCAAGCCGCUACGAGACGUACUUUGACCUGAGGCUGCAGCUGGCUACUGGGGCCCUACGCAGGGAGUAUGCCGUCCUCUGCCAUGGUUUCAUUCCUAGCCGCGCAGAGAUCAAUGCUCCAGUGGUUUGGUCGUCCUCGAGUGUCUCUCGGGACGAGCUCACGAAGGUCAAAUCAGGGGGCUGGCCAGCCAAGACCCAGCUGCUCACAUGUGCGAGCGCCGUGGCUGAAGAGUGUGCCGUGACGUUGCUGGACAUCCGCAUUCAGACGGGCCGCCGGCAUCAGAUCCGAACACACCUGGCGCAUAUCGGCGCAGCCUCCGUGGCAGAUGGGAUGCUCCCGGCAAAACCUAGUGUUUUUAUGGACGGUUUCUCCUGUUCGCAUUUCAAGCAGCACCCGAGGCCUUCAAACAUCAAUGAUUGCUACGCAUGUUUAACAUACACCUGCCACAUCCGCUUGAUUUGUCGCUGCUUCUUGUAG